AUGCUGACGGGAACCAUUCCUACCGAAAUUGCCUACUUGACGGAAUUGACGGAAUUGCAUCUCUCCCGCAAUGCCUUGACGGGCAGUCUCAUUCCCGAACUGAUGCAGAUGACGCAACUCCAAUCGAUUCGUCUCAAUGCCAAUUCAUUGACCGGUACCAUUCCACCGGAACUGGCACAAGAGUUGACGGAUUUGCAAUUUCUCUGGUUGGAUCAGAAUUUCUUGACGGGGACAGUCCCUCCCAGUAUUUGUGCUUUGGAAUUUCUCAACUGGGAUGUCGACUGCGACGUGCUGGAUUGUUCCACGUGCUAUGAAAGCACCGCCAGUCCCACGUCCGACGAAGCAGGAGUCGAAUCUUGUGAUGCCUCCUACGUGGAUGGUGAAAUUCGUGGAGAUCGCUGUUAUGCCGUCGACACGGAAGUGUGUGUGACGACGUAUCCGACCAAAAGUUGCAGCGUGAUUGAACAGAACUUUACCUAUUACAACGAGUACUAUUCGUGGGAUUAUGAAACACAGACAUUUCGAGGCAGUGGACCCUUUCCCGGUGGAGGAAACGGCGGAGGGAGUGGUCCAGGGAACGGUGGAGGGAAUGGGCCAGGGAAUGGUGGAGGGCCAGGUCCUGGAAACAGCACAGGAAAUGGUCCAGGCAAUGGUGGAGGGAAUGGGCCAGGCAAUGGAGGAGGGAAUGGACCAGGCAAUGGCGGAGGACUAGGUCCUGGAAACAGCACUGGUGGAGGGAACGGGCCAGGAAACGGAGGAGGAAAUGGCAGUCGAGGAAGUGGACCAUUCCCGAUUCCCAGAUGA